GUCCAUGCAGCCUUCAGAUCGUCCACCUCCUGCUCCGAUCGGGGAGGCGGAGCGUCGCUGCGGCGCCUACUGAGAGUCUGAGACCGACCCCCGACCUAGCCGCGGUAAAUAAAUACCCGACUUCGCCGGCGUCCGCGAGCUUCGAGAAUACAUCCUUCCCCGCGUUUUACCCUAACAACCUAACUAGCUGCGGUUCUCCACUAUCACUCGCUGCUACUGCACCUACUUCCUUUCCGCUCUGGUACUGUUGCUGGCUUGCUGCUGCUCUUGGUGGUGGUGGUGGUGGCACCGAAACCCUAGCCCUUGCCCUCAUGUCGCAGCAGGAGGCUGUGGACCCGCCUUCGGCGACGGACGAGCGGCUGGGAGGUCUACCGCGGAGCGGCUCCACCAGCCGCCUCAACGCGCAGGCGCCGGAGUUCGUGCCGCGCGCUGCCGCGGUUCCCCCUCCCCCUCCGCAGCAGAAGGUGGUGCGUUUGUUCGCGCCGCCUCCCCACGCGGCGUUCUUCGUCGCGGCACCCCGGCCCCCACCGCCCCCGUUCGAGUACUAUGCGGCGGUUGCCACCGGUGGGGGUGGCAGGUUCGGUCCCCCCGCCGCCGCUGCAGAGCAGGAGGCCGAGGCUGAGCAGCCGCCGAGGGACGGGAGCUUUGAUGACCCCGUGCCCAAGAUCAGAAAGCAGGUGGAGUAUUAUUUCAGUGAUAUAAACCUGGCCACCACUGAACAUUUGAUGAGGUUUAUUUCAAAGGAUCCUGAAGGAUAUGUGCCAAUAUCAGUUGUUGCUGGCUUUAAGAAAAUUAAGGCUUUGGUUCAAAGUAACUCCAUGCUUGCUUCUGCUCUUCGGACUUCAUCAAAGCUUGUGGUCAGUGACGAUGGUGCAAGAGUAAAACGUGAGCAACCAUUUACAGAAUCGGAUUUAGAAGAACUCCAGGCCCGAAUUGUUGUUGCAGAAAAUCUCCCAGAUGAUCAUUGUUACCAGAACCUGAUGAGGCUCUUUUCAGUUGUUGGCAGUGUCAGGACAAUUAGAACUUGCUAUCCUCAGACCCCAAAUGGCACUGGUCCAGCUACUAACAGAUCUGCAAAGCUAGAUAUGCUUUUUGCCAACAAACUUCAUGCUUUUGUUGAGUAUGAUACUAUUGAAGAUGCUGCUAGAGCGAUUGUGGAACUUAAUGAUGAGAGGAACUGGAGAAGUGGGCUUAGAGUUCGAUUGUUGAGCACUUGCAUGACAAAGGGAGGUAAAGGGAAAAAGGGUGGGCAUGAAUCUGAUGGGUAUGGUGACGAGGAGAAUGUCUCUACUUCUGAUCAACCAUAUGAUAAAUAUUUAGAAGAAACACCUCAGAUGUCAGAUGUGCCUGGAGAACACAUGACUGAGGAUAGCGCUGGAGAUAUGGGACGAGGACGUGUCCGGGGGCGUGGUCGUGGUGGCAGGGGCCGGGGGCGUGGUUACCAUCAACAGAACAACAAUCAACACCACCAGCACUACCAAAACAGUAGCCACCACAGUAACAGUAGUAGUACCCGUCCAGUGGGAACCCCACCGCCAUCUGGCCACCCAGUCAUGAUUGAGCAGCAGCAACAGCAGCAGGCAGCUCAACCACAGCCCCUCACAGCGGCUAACAAACAGCCUCCAGGUCCUCGCAUGCCGGAUGGCUCACGGGGAUUCAGCAUGGGCAGAGGGAAGCCGCAAACAUUGACGCCCAAAGUAUCCGAGUCUGAACCUGAACAAUGAAUUCGAACCUCGCAGAGAGACUAAUGGGUUCCGGUUUGCCAUGUUGAUACAUAUGCUGAGAGACUUGCCUUUUAGAAGUCUGUCCUCGAGGUCGCUUUCUAAUUUAUGGGACCAUAUACAUUUCUGCAUGUGCUGUGUGUGUACUUCCAAAGCCAGCAGACACUGGUUCGCGAAUAGUACGGUUGCGGCCAUUCUGUAAUUCCAUUUUUGCCCCCCUUAUGCAGUUUUGGGUGCAAUACUGAAAAUCAAAAACUCAUGCUAAAAAGGUUGAAAAGAAUCGAGUCGUUGUAAAAUAAGAUUGUUUCUUCGCUGUUUGCGGGGGACUGAUCAUUUCGAUGCUUUUACCAUUUUGUUGUUUAUUAUCCAUUGAUAAUUUGUGGGCGAAGAACGGUGAAAAAUUACACACUUGACCAAUUGAAUUAUCAGUUCCUAGCAGCUGCCUGUAAAUGUAACAGGGCUAAGUCAGGUCAAAUCAAUAUCUAUAUUCUAUUCGCUACUCUUUUUAUAUACUAAAUUAUAAGUUCGAGCUUUUUUAAUAUAUAUCUUUUAGUCUAGUUUUUAGACUGUUUGGAAGCUCAAUGCGGCCACACCACACUUCCUGUUACAUUGCAUAGCAUACCCCCGGUGGAGGCUGACGAGUGGGCUAGCCUGUCUCACCCGAUUAAUCCCUAAGGGCUUGUUUGGAAGGCCACUUUCUCGUGGAGAAAUCAUACUUUUUCCUAGGUCCAAAGCUCACGUGGAAAUAUACCCGAGAUAUACUUUUUGGUCCAUUUGGAAGACAAACACCCCGGUCCAGUCCUCCCCCGAUGCUGAGGGAUACCCGUGGAAGCCCUCAUGGCCACCUGAGGCCGGGCAACCUUCCCCAGUUUGGAAGGGACACAAGCGGAUCCGAGCAACCACGCCCUCCGCCGCCACUAUCGUCCACACCGCUGCCAUCCGCUCUGCUGCCGCUCCAUCGUCGUCCUUCCCCGACGCAGUCGCGAGCGGGACGUGAGGCGACAGUGCCCUCCACCACCGCCACCGUCUCGGAUUUGUCGCCCUCCGCCGCCAUCUCUGCCCUCGGUUCACUGUCCUCCACCGUCGUCUUCCGCGACACGAUGUACAAUACAAUGUUGUCUCCAAGACACAGUACAUGGUCUUCUCCAAGAUCCAGUACAAGGUCGUCUCCUCCAAGAUCCAAACCCCAACGCUAGUGAGAGUGGAAACAACACAUGAAACCAACAUGGAGAAGAAAAAUGAAAUGGCAUUCCACAUGAAGCUUGUGAAAAAGUGUUAAACUCGUAAUUUAUUCUAGUGCCGAAGUUCUUAACCAACAGACUUGUACCAUUUUUAUAUUAUAUUUCUAAUAGAGAUGACAUUAUAUGAUGUGAUGAUGGAUGAAUUAGCUUUGAUGGAUAUUAUAUGGUAUUCAAAUUAAACUUUACAUGAA